UCGUCCGCGAGAUCUGGAAGUUUACAGAGUGUUUGUUAUGGCUUUGCCAGCAAAUGCUGAAGAAAGCGGUUUAGCUGAAGGCAUGCAUUUAGAAAGUAAGAACGACAAUGCUACUGAAUCCUAAUGUACUUGGCAGGCAAUGUUAAGAGGUUCAUCAUACAAGUAUGUUGGCUACGUUAAAUCAGUUGAAGAAGCUAUGGCUGUACUGAGGGAAUAUGAACUGGAAACUACAUCAAAAUUCUCUUGUUUUAAAUCCGACAAAAUGUUUGGAGCUGGAGGUAAGACAAAAAAAGACAUAAAAAAUUGCGAAAAUAAUAACCUUAAUUAUCAACACAUUAAAAUAACAAUAAGAGUAAUAAUUAUGGAAAGUAACUAUAGAAUUUCUCUUAGUCGUUAUAUAAAUAUUAAUGUAGCACACCAGGAUGCAAUGGAGAUUAUAAUUAACAUAAAUGUAAUGAAAGGUCUCCUUUGUUUCCACGGCACAGAUCCCUUUGCCAGGCAAAGGAAAGUGUAUUUUAAGGAUGAUAAAAUUCCAUUUGAUGGAGUACCCUUCAGUAUAAUUGCCACCAAGGUGUUUGACUGCCAACAUGGGCCAGACAGGAAAAAGUCAUUUAAAGCAAAACAUGCUGAAAACAAGAUUGAUGAUCACUCCUUUACAAGGAAGCGGUUUUUACCUCAAGUCAGAAUGAAGUUUGGUUGCCCAGCAAGUAUUCGGUUAUCAGAAGUGGUAAAGUAUUACAAUUACAAGGUACAAAACUGCAAUCACCAUACUGUUUACAUCCAUAAAUUUGAUAUUUUAUUCCUGCUCAGUAAAAGAAGGUCUCUUAAUUUGAAUGAUUAUUUCUGUUUUGGCUUAAUUACAUAGAUCAGGGAGAACACAGAAAGACUAAGAAGAGACAUGUCCAAAAAGCUCAAGACUGAUAUAACUGAUGGUCAGAAACCAGAGUUUGAACGUAGAAUAUAUAUCCAAUUACCAAAAGGGGAUGAACACAGGGAUCACAACAUUGGAAAGGUUUUAGCUACAACUAUCAGCGUAACAGUUUUGAUAUAUCUUUCUCUAAAAUUGUGGUCCCAUUUUCAUUUUUUCCUUCAUGAAUCAAAAAACCAGGUUGGUGGUAUUCUGCAGCCCAUUGACAAAAGGCUUGUACACAAGAUCGGAGAGCUUGUUGGCGAAGGUGUGAAAACUGUGGACGAGAUGAAAAGACAUCUUCGGCAAUUUGUAAAGACUGAACUGUUCCCAGAGCAAACUCCACCAUCAUCUACAAAUAGACGAUAUUAUCCAACAGAUGUGGAUGUAAGGAACCACAUGUACCAGGCCUCAGUGAAAAAACUGCUGUCCAAAACUGAUCAGGAGAACCUUGAAAAGAAAAUUAAAAGUUGGCAUCAGGAGAAACCUCAAGAUUCAUUCUAUUUUAGACCCUGUGCACUAUCAUUGUCAUCAAUCUAUGCUGAAAGCAACAGUGAUGACAAAGAUGGAACUUGUAUGCAAGAUGAUCUUCUAUUUGCUCAUCAAACAGCCUGGCAGAAAAAUCUUAUGGUCCGUUAUGGAAAUGAAAUCACCCUUCUUGACGCAACAUACAAGACAAUGCGAUAUGAGCUCCCUCUAUUUUUUCUAGUGGUGAAGACAAAUGUAAAUUACAUAGUUGUUGGUUCUUUCAUCAUUCAAAGGGAAACCACAGCUUUAAUACAGGAAGCACUAACAAUCUUCCAUGACUGGAAUGCCAACUGGAAACCCAAAUUCUUUAUGACUGACUUUUGCCAUGAGGAGAUCCAUGCCAUUGAGAGCACAUUCAAAGAUACAACUACAUAUAUUUGUGACUUCCAUCGUGAACAGUGCUGGGAAAGAUGGCUACGAAAGUCUGAAAAUGGGUUGACUGACAACAGAGAAGAGGUCCUAUCAUUGCUACGUAACAUUGCAAAAUCAUCAACAGAAGAGUUGUUUGAAAUAAAUUUGUCUUCCCUCAAGGAGAGUGCACUUUGGCGGGCUAAUCCCAAGCUCAGGAAGUGGUUUGAAAAAACUUGGCUCAUAGAGUCUGAGCGAUGGGUGUGGGCUUUCAGGCGAGACAGAUUUAUGUUAAAUAUCAACACCAACAAUGGCAUUGAGCGACAGAAUGAGUCCUUGAAAUACCAGUACCUGAAGGACCGAAAUAACAACAGCCUCAGUGGGAUGAUUACAACAUUAAUUGAGGAAUUUUUACCAGACAAAUACAGAAGGUACAAGUAGAUACUAGAAGUGCAGUUAGCAAAUUCAAAAAAUUCCCAUGCUCACUGUAUGUAUUAAGGUGGGUCAAACCUUUUCUCUGUACAUUCCACCAUGUAUACUUUGAUGGAUCAAUAUUUCCACUCUUUAUCAGUUGAUGCUAUUAUUACUGGAACCAAAUGAAUGCACCAUCCUUGCUUAAAAGUUACAAUAAUUUUCUCGGCAAAACAGGUUACUAGCAACAUUAUAGCCUAUUGAAAACACACCUCAUUUUAGCUUUCUAUUGUUAGAACUCAAAAACAAGCUCAGCUGUGACCCCUCUUUUUAUUAUUGAUCUAUCAUCAUUAUGCUACAUUACACCUCAAAUUUUGAAUUAUUUAAGAUAGCUUCCAAAAUAUAUUUUUAAAGUUUUCAAGUUACAUCUUAGCAUACUGAUUAAAAUUUGAUAAUAAAAGCUUGUCUUUGAGUUAUAACCAGUUAAAGCCACAGGUUACUCCAUGUUGUUCACCUAUUAUGUCAAGAAAAUGAUCAUAAUUACUUUUGUUAAGUAAGGGUUGCAUUUUAGU